AUGGGUGCAAGUGUAGAAUUUGACGAUGCUGAUUCGUUUAAGAAACCAGGAUCAGUUCCUUUCAAAUGGGAGGUUAAGCCGGGACUUCCCAUAGAGCAACAAAAGCACCACCAUCAGAAGCUGGAUUCCCCGUCGCUCAAGCUGAGGCCACCGCCGCCGGCGGGGUCCUAUCUGCUUUCUCCAGCGGAGCCACGGACCCGGUCCUUCCGGACCACUCCCAGGGGCCGGUCUGACCGGUGGCGGUUCGAGCGGCCCCUCCUGGCUCGAACAGAGAGCGUGUCGUCGGGUUGUUUCUUUUCGCCGUUUUUGAGGCGGCUGCAGCGGAGGAAGAUGGUUGCGAAGCGAGUGGUUGAAGCGGACUACACGUCGGAGCUAGAGACGCUUGGUCGGUGGUCCUUGUCGUCGACGAAGUCGCUCUCGCCGUUCCGGGUCUCGACGGCGUCGUCUUCUGUGGUAUCUUCACCCCGGCCCGUUAGCGAUGCUGAAUGGGCCGGGUUUGGGCUUUUCUGA